AUGGGAGACCAGGCCAGAAAUCAGCAAACGGAAGGUAGCGAGCAAGUUAUUCAUAAUGCUCAUCAUUGUUUUCUUGUCAUGGAAGAUCUAUUGGACAAGUUAAAGCUACUAGAUUACGAAAAUAGCUUUUGCAAAAAUAUGGGCUAUAAGUACAUUUCAAGGCAUUACUUCGCAAUGCAAAUAAAUUCAGGAGAACAGUUUCAUAUCUUUACGGGGUUGGUAGCUUGGCUAUUAGGCAUAUGUGGUGUCACCGAUUUCGAACCUCCUCAGGAAUCUAUCCAAACAGACUUCCCACCAUCUAAACUGAAAACAGGAGCUGGUCAGCAGGUUUGCUACGUUUUGGAUUCACUUGCUGAUGUCGCAUUAAAGAGCAUAAAGUUUAAAUGGGAUAAACCAAUUUAUCCGGAGGAAGAAAAUGAAGAUGACGAAAACUUUUUUGAUGAAAAUUUGGAGGUGACCACGAGUAAGGAAGUAGAAGACGAGGAAAUAGAGGACGAAAAGGAUGUUUCCAAACCUGAAGGUGUCAUGGAAUCGAAUACGGACGUAACUGAAUGGCGUAUGGAAGUGGAAAGAGUUUUACCUUCAUUGAAGGAUUGGCGCAGUCAUCUGGAACAAAUGCAUCAGUAUCGAGAUGGAAUUGAAUCAACGUUAACAGAAACAAGGGGGCAUUUAGAUAAGCUACAUCAAGAAAUCACUAAAACGCUGGAAAAAAUUUCCAGUCGAGAAAAAUAUGUCAAUAAUCAGCUAGAUAAUAGUUUACAAGAGUUCAGGGGCAGGCGAGAUGGUCUAGCAGAGAUAAACGAGAAAUACAAGCAAGGAAGUGUAGGCGUCAAUAAUUUGACAAAAACAUUAUCUCAGAUUACAGAAGAACUUGAGGUUAUCAAAUCUCAAAUGGACGAACGUGGAACAAGCAUGACCGACUCAGGUCCACUUGUUAAAAUUAAACAAGCCUUAACUCGCUUGAAAAACGAUAUAACACAAAUGGAUUUGCGAAUUGGUGUUGUUGAACAUAUCCUAAUGAAUGCACGAUUGAAAGAUAAAUCAAAUUUAAGACAAGAUUUGGACUUGGCAACGACUGGUCCCCAGGAAUCUUAUACAAAUUUUCACUUAUAUUAA